GGCUGCUUGGCCCCAGCAGCCGGAACUGUCGUGUGUCCUUCCCCCACCCCAUCCCCGCCUCGCCGAGCGUGGCAACCAAUAAAGACCGUUGUUGUGUACCGUGGUCGGUGUGUCCCGAGUUCUGUGUUUCCGCGGCUGUCGCCGGGCGUGGUAGCGCGCGGUGUUCGCGGCGCCGGGAUCGUAAAGGCGGCCUCGGAUCCCGUGGCACUGCCAGAGCUUCCCCGUGGCCUCGGGAUGGCAGCGCUGCGCGGAGCGCUCCGAGUGGCCACGCUGACGGCGGGGGCGCGCCGUGCCGAGUCGGGCUCCCUGGCCAGUAGCUGUCUGGCUGACCGCCGCCUCUGGGAUCAGCUCCAUGCCCGGCCCCGACCGGGUAGCAGCCCCACCUUCGACUGGUUCUUUGGCUACGACGAAGCCCAGACCCUUCUCCUGCCAUUUCUGCAGAGGGCACCGGCAGCGGGACCAACGCGGGUGCUGGAUGUGGGCUGUGGCACCUCUGGCCUGUGCAUGGGCCUCUACACCAAGUGCCCACACCCUGUGGAUGUGCUCGGGGUGGACUUCUCUCCUGUGGCCGUGGCUCACAUGAACAGCCUUCUGGAAGGUGGCCAAGGUCAAACAUUGUGUCCUGGGCACCCCACUUCCCGCCUCCGCUUCAUGCAGGCGGAUGCCAAGAACCUGGAGCCAGUGGCGACUUCCGGCUUCUUCCACUUAGUGCUGGAUAAGGGCACCUGGGAUGCCGUUGUCCGGGGUGGUCUGCCUGGAGCUCACCAGCUACUGUCAGAAUGCUUGAGAGUCCUAAACCCCCAGGGAACCCUGAUUCAGUUUUCCGAUGAGGAUCCUGACGUUCGGAUGCCGAAUCUGGAGAAAGGUUCCCCGGGCUGGACUGUCUCUGUGCAGGAGCUUGGCCCCUUUCAAGGCAUCAGCUACUUUGCUUACUUGUUUCAAGGUCAGCAGUAAGGGUCAGGCCGUGGUAGAGGAAAUGCUUGGACACCCUGGGUUUAAUCCAGGCACCAAAAAUAAAGCUAUUUUAGGGGCCAAAGAAGUAGUAGAGCGCUGGCCUUUAGACAACCAAGGUUCUAUUCCUGGCACCCCAUAUGGUCCCUGAGAACCAAUAGGAGUGAUUCCUGCCUGAAUGCAGAGCCAGGAGUAAAUUCUGAGCAUCACAGGGUGUGGCCAAAAAUUUUAAAUAAAGACUUGAUUA